GGCACCGAGAUCAUCGGGGAGAAAGAAGGAAAGAAAAAAGAAGAGACCGGGAUUUGCUUAUGAAGAGAAGAAGGAGAGCUCAAGGAAUCGAGCAGCAGUAUUCCAAGUGCAGACGAAAGAACGUUAACCCCGUUCCAACAUGCUUUGUUGUUAGCUACGUCUGACUUUGAGUGUUGGUGGCCAGGAACAAGGGUGUUGUUGUUCAGUGUGCACCAAUGUGCGAAAAAGCUCGGUUCAUCGACUGGACUUUCAGAGUGGCCUUGUGGAACAAUUGGGUGUCACUGCACCCAAUCAUUUUUGAGUGCGGCGCCUUCAAAUCAGUAAUCGAUCACUUCAAUUGAGGUUGCCCUCAAAAUUCGUAGAUUCAUUAACAUAUAUACAUAUAUAUCAUCGUCAUCAUCCAUGGGAUAAAUCAUGUUUUCGUUUCACAAGCCCAAAGUGUUUCGAUCCGUGAAUGGUUGUUGCAUUUGCAAAGCCAAAUCAAGCAGCUCAAGAUUUACUGAUAGUCUGAAGUAUGAAGAGUUUUUCGAGAAGUGUUUCGAGCUUCAAGAGGAACGCUCCGGGGAGAUCUGCAAUGCUUGCGUACUCUUGGUGAAGCGAUUCUCCAAGUUGCCCAGUACGUCAACCAGAACAUGGCAGCAUGUUGUGGAUGCCCGGAGUGGUCCCGGCAUUAAAAACAUGGUUCGAAGCAAGAAAAAGUGUGUGGUGAAGAAAGAGACCAAAGAGCUCUCCGACAAGGAGGACACCCCAAUCAAGAAGAAACAUGUGUACAAACGCAGCAAGAAGCAGAGCAAGGAACUGAUCCGGCGGAGGAACCUGAACGUCAGCAUCGACCCCUUCGACAACCCCUUCCUAGACAAGCGUUAUUGGAGAAGAGAGGAGAUCUGUUGUGGUUCCAUAUUCGUUGGUGCCCAAGGAGAGGUGUCCGUUUGUUUGGAAUACUUCAAGCCCUGUGCCGGUUGCAAGCCCAGCCAGGACUUACCCUCGUGUACUAGUAGUACUAGUAGUACGACCAGUUCGACCACGUCAGAGGAUAUGGAAGUCCCGGAUAAUAGUCGCGUCUUGCCCAUGGACGACAAUGAUGCCCUCUACAACCUGGCCAAAACCGCCGAGUCGGUUGAAGAACUCAAGUUAGCAACUGAGGAUGACGAGGGCUUCUUUGACAAGCAAGCGAGUAGUCCUACCUCAACAGACUAUUGUUCAACACCACCCCCAUCUGAGACCCCGCCCCCCUCAGAGUUGGAACCUCUGACUAUUGACGAAGAAGAGGCCGCUCUGGUGACGUAAUAGCCGGAAUGAGGAGUCUUGGAAGCGUUUUAGAGUUUUUUUUCUACUCAGCAGUCUUUUCAACUUUUUAUACAAUUAUCACCUGACGGGAAACUGAAGAUUAGGUCAAUUUUUUAUCAUCAGCAUCAUCAACAUCAACCAUUACAAUUAUACAGUCUGUAACAUCAUCAUCAUCAUUUCAUUCUGAAACUCCAAGAAACCCAAUUGCAAUUAGAUGAAAUCAAGGAAUUCUUACCAAAAAUGCUCAUAUUUGUCGGAAAAUAUGGUUGUGACAUGACUGUUAUUGUUUAAUUAUUAUUUCCGUUUCCAAGAUUUUGUCUCUCCCCCAAAGGGAAAGCCCCCAAAAUCACUUCCAAAACUUUGCCAUUUUGAAAUACUUUUUUAUCCAACGAAAUUUAUGCGAAAAAAAUCAAAACGAACAAAACCUGCCACCCACCAACUCAGCUUUGGCCAUUAAUCUCCCAACGUUUGCAAACACAAAUUACAUUUUUUCAUCUUCAAUUCCCUAAAAGCGGAUAUGAAAGACAACAAAACCACACGUCACUGCCAUAUUAAAAUAAUUAUUGCUACAAUUGCAUCUAAUACCACUACUCUUCUUCUUGCAACAACUCCUACUUGACUGUCCGAUUCACACUAGAAUUGUUAUUGUUCAUUACAAAUAAGUCUCCAAAUCAAUUUGGAAACCUACCGAAAUAAGACUGAUCCAUUGGAACCUCCUUUUUCUCCUCACCCUCAACCCCUUGACUUGACUGCAGUUAUACAAUAGCAAUCAAAAGCAAUGAUUUGUAUUCCUUCAAAUGAUCCUGACACGGACCUUGCAAUAUUUCAGUCGAGACCAAUUCCACUCCAUAGACAGGAGCAUUUCUGAUAGAGAAUGAUGUCUUGAUGAUGUAACUCAGUCCAUUUAUUUUUCCCGACCCCCUUUUGCCCACUCUGAUGAUUAGCCAAGAAUGCUUGUAAUCUUCAAAUUCAUAGCAUAUCAAUUUCAUGCGACAUCAGCGACACUUGCGGCCAAACCAAGAAAUUGAAUUCGUGAUAUUAUCGAAACCGUUUCUUCUCUUUCUCUCUUCUCUCCAUUGAGAAUCCGUGACACAAAGUAAACUUUUCCUCCAGAUCCAUGACAGGAAUAGCAAAUCUAAUGUUUCUAGCUCUCUUUUGUACCCUCCCUUCCCCACUCAAUUCCAGAAGCAACUUGAAAGUUGGAACUAAGUCAGAGAUUUUUAUGAACACCACGUUAUAAGCUCUAUUUUAGAUAGUUUAUAUCUGGGUUGGUAUUGGCAUUUAUGAAUCUCGAAUUCCUUGAUCGUCGUCAAAACUUCCAAAAUUAAAUCUCCAAAAUUCCAACAAACACCAAUUCUCUCGGACAAACAUCUUGUGAUAGUGAAGCUCCAAAGACCUUGACAAUGAAAAAAAAAUGAAAAAAAAAGUACUGAACAUAAUUAGAAAAAGAUUUUUCUCCGAAAAUUCAACCGCCAAUCACGUACAAGAACACGCCCUGAAACGCCUCUAAGUCAGCCUUGACAAACAAAACCACACCCUCCCUCCUUUGCUGUCUUUGGAUAACAAAGGGCAGUUCCUCUCUUUGCCGUAUGGAGCGCUGUUGCCGCUUUUUUGACUCUCAAUUUUGUCCCCUUGUCACACAUUCACACCGUACGCGAGUGUACCCAAGUCAGAAACAUUUGAACGAACCCGCACUCAGAUUUUGGUACUUUUACAACAGAAAAGUAAGGCAUUCCUAUUAAGUGCCUGUUGAAUUCUUCCUCAUUCCCACCAAAUAAUCCACCCUCCUUUGGACCGAAAGGCAGUGCAAUAAAGCACUUGCUACUCCUCCGCUCGAAGACUACAAAGGUGCAGUCUCGAGACCAACUCCUGAACAAAAUGCUUCAAAGUCCGACAGUUUUUGUACAAUUCAAAAAUCCCCUGUUCACAUCUUUACCCAGCCCAAAAUUUUCAAGUAUUUUUACCUACUUCUCUACUCGAACCACACUCACCCACCCACCAAGACCCGUUUCACUUCUCUUUCUCCUCUUGGCCCUUCAUCCCAAUCCCCCCGUAGAACAUUCCAGGCGUCAAUGAAUCCAAUCUAGUGGCAAUAACUCGAUGAUAUCAACCCCCACAUCUGUGUCUCUUACCCGCCCUUGUGAGGGAUGGAGAGUUCUUCUUAGUUCAAUUGGUGGCGAUAUCAAAUAUUGCCCAGUUCUUGAUUUGUCUGCGAAGAUAAAAAGCGCCACAUAAGUUACUGUUUUA